AUGUGUGCGGAACAAAUUAAGACAAUGGACACAGCUGUUUACCAACCAUUUUCCUCCAUUUUGGCUGGAGCACGAGAGAGAGCGAGAUUUGUUGUAUCAGGAGGAACAAGUGUUGACGACGAGUCUACUGAUGGUUGCAGCUCUGGAAUGUUUUCCAGUGACGAAGACGCAGAUUGGAGCAGUGAUGAGGUUAGUUUCGACAACUAUUCGGACGAAGAAACGACUGACUUGCUCAUGUUGGACGUGUACCAAGGUGAGCGAUGGUUUUGGUCCCCACCUAGCUCGAUGAAUAGCAUUCAAAGCUACGAAGACAAGUAUGAAACAGCCAGUCAACGUAGUGCCGACUUGGAUGAAUUUGGAUUGGAGCUCAGUGAUAAAUACUACAGACGCCCUACCAUGUAUGCCAUACCAUCGGUUGAUUUUAAAAGUGAUGGUGUGAUUGAUACUUGGGUUAACCGUUACGGAUCAAGCAAAGACGACUUCACUUACGUGCCAACUGUGCCCGAUGAUGAUGACUUGGAUAACGGGUCUCAAGACUCAAUUGUAGCGACAGGGUUUUACAUCCCACAACUCUAA